AUGCCGGCUUCCACGGCGGCUGCGGCGCUCGCGGCGGUGAGGGCGGCUCGGGAAUCUUCCGGCGGAGACCACGGCGCCAGCGACGGCGAAGACAACGAGUUCUGCUCAUCCGAGGUGAUUAUCAAAGGGAAACGCGGCGGCGCCGGCCGUGGCGGGAGAAUCCGCGCCGUGGAUCUAUUCGCGAGGCAGGCCGCUGAGGAAUCGACGGCCACUAAGCACGGCUCCGCUUCCGCAGGUUUCGUGGACCAAUCGACGGCCUCUAUUAGUAAAAGUAAGGUUACCACUAAAGCGGGUGCUAGAGGAAGCGUUAAAAGCGGCUCCCUUCGAGGGUCGUAUCGGGGUGGUGGCGCUGGCAGGUCGAAGCCCAAGUCCUUAAAGGAGUACGAGGCGCAGCUGCUACUGCUGGCGGAGCGCCUUAGGCUGGAUGAUAGCCCCGAGGACGAGCAGGCGGCGGCGGCCGCCGCGGCGCGGCUGCUGCUGGCGGCGGGGAGAAUGGGGGAUCCCGAGGCGAAGCUUCGACUUGCCGCUGCUGUGCUGGCCAGUCCCACUCCUGACGCUGAGGGUACCUCUGUUGCUCAUGCUGCUGUGGCGGCGGAAGUGGCUCAGCGGGCGCAUCAGACGCAUCUGGUCAAUGCUGCUGCUGCUCUUUCCCGUGCUUUCUCUUCCCUCACUGACCGGCACUCGCAUCAACAUCAGCACCAACACGACAAAACUGUUGUUGCAUCUGCGCCAAAUGAUGCCACUGCCAUUGCUGCUCCUGCUACUGCGGUUUCUGAUGCAUCCCUGACGGGCUCUUCUGCAACUUCAGCCCACGACCCUAUUCCCAACAUAGAAACCGCUCUAGCCUCCAUCAUUUCCACCCCUGAACCUACCCAAACCGAAGCUGCCAGUAAGGGGUGCGCUUUGCAGGCAAUCCCGAGCGAAGAGGAGUGUCCAAGCGAGGCAACAACUGGCAGCAAGAGCAGCAACCCCUUAGAAGGCUCCUCUGAUUCUUCCCGCAACCUCAUUCCCAACAGCAACAGCAGCAUUUCCAGUGCUGCUACUACCAGCACCAUCACCAGCGGGCCUCUGACCAUGAUCGUGGGGUGCAGAGCUGCGAAGGCCAGCGUAGGUGGGAGCAGCAUUCCCACUGGGGCUCCAGGGCAAGCUUCCAGCCUCGGGCGGUUGAACUGGCUUAGAAACUGGCGUGGAAAGAUGGGGAUCAAGCUGAAGAGCCGGGCCAGUGUGAUCAGCAGUAGCGUGAGUGCAAGGAACAGCGUUGGCGGGAAGCCUGGCGUGGGUGUAAGGAGUGGCAGGGUUGCUCCGAGUGUGGUGGAAACGCGGAUUGCUGCUGAGGUGGAGGAGCUAGUGGCUGCUGCUGAGCUGGCGGUGGAAGCAGUUGAAGUGGUUGAAGCAGAGGCAGGGAAGGCUGGGGAGGAGGCUGGCAAGGUGGGAGACAAGCAGGAAGGAGAGGGGGUUAAGGAGUCACAGAGCUGUGCAAGUGGAGAGGAAGGCGGCUGUGAAGAAAACCUGAAGCAGCCUCUGGGCUUGGAUGAUGAGGUGUUUGUAGCAGCAAGUGCAGAGGACGUUGGAUCAAGUGUUGCAGACGCAGAGGCUGGGAGCCUGGGGAGUACCGAAGCAGGAGCUGUUGCGGGCACAGCAGUGGCAUCAGCAGCAUCAACAGCACCAGCAGAAGAAGCUGAAGAAGUAGUGGAGGAUGUGAAAGAGGAGGACACAAUGGCAGAUGCUGUGGCUGCUGCACAGGCAGCAGAGCUCAAUACAGACAGCAAUAUAGAGGGAGCCAGAACAGGGUCAGCACCAGGGUCUCCAGUAGCAGAAACUCCGCGUGGGAAGGUGGCUAUAGCAAGGGCUGCUGCACGGGCACUGCUAGCUGCUGCAGGAGCAGCAUUGGUUGCAGGCUCAGCAACCAAAGAACGAGUGGGAAGGCGAUGGGAGCAGCAGCGUCAUGCCAUAGGGCAUGCUGCACAUGCUGUGCUGAGAAGGCGGCAGAGGGAUCAGCAGCCAGAGAACUCCAAUAAGAAGGGAGAAGAUCAAGGCAAACGGCUGGGAGCAGGAGGUUUUGAGGAGUUGAGGCAGAACGCCAAGGUUGUGGAUAGUGCGGCGAACUUUGUCUGA